AUGCCCAAGCACCUACUGGUCAAAGGGGCAGUGUAUCUGGCGGCACUGUCCUGGCUGAGCAGCGCGGGCAUACCGGGACUUCACAAAUGGGUGAUCCAAAACUUCCCCAGUUGCGUAAAAAUAGUAGAAAGAAACAGCCUUCUGGAUGUGACGCACUUAACCAGGAAAAACUUCGGACAUGGAAGGGAACAUAAAAAAGGAGGCAGUGAUUGGAAGAAGGGGCCAACCAAAAUCGGUCAUGUAGAUAACCUUCUAUUUGACAUGAACCAACUCCUACACAAAGCAAACGUCCAGUUUGUUAACGAUGAGCAAUAUUUUUGCAAACUCUCCUAUUUAAUAAAAAAUGUGUUAAGAAAAUUUCACCCUCAGAAAAACAUCGUCUUCGCUAUUGAUGGCAUUUGUCCUUUUUCAAAACUGAAGCUACAAAUUAAAAGACGAGCAAAAGGAAAAAAGCUGCAAGAUGGAGACAACUCAAAUGAUAUAACGUGUGGCAGUCCCUUCAUUCAGAGGGUUGCAACAUUUCUCCGAAAGUUCGUAACGUUUUUAGUAUCGUUGCCAAAGUAUAAGCAUAUAAAAGUGUAUGUUUCGACUGAUAAGGAGGUGGGGGAGGGCGAACUCAAACUAAUGAACUGGAUCCAGAACUACAUAAGGGGGAACCAUUCGCCACAUGAGGGGGAUAACAAUUCUGUCAGUACCCCCGACGGGGCGGACGAAUCGUUCGUCAUCGUGGGGGCAGAUGCAGACCUUCUCCUUCAGUGCCUAGCUUUGAAGGACGUGCGUAAUGUGUGUGUGUACACGUAUCAGACGUUCCUCGUAGAUGUCGCGGCGUGGGAGAAGAAAAAGAAGGAGGACUACCUGGCGGGGUUGGACCAGACAAAUGGGGGAGCCCACCCAAAUGGAGAAACCCACCAUAUUGGGACCUCCACCCCAAAGUGGAAAAAGAAAAAAAUAAAAGUCCUAUACAACCUGAACACAUUUACGAACCUCUUUUGGAAAAAGUACCCGAGCGCCAUCGACCAAAUUAGACGAGACAUGCUCAUCCUGUUUAUCCUAAAAGGGAAUGACUAUUUGCCAAAAAUCAGGGAAGGCAAUUUUUCCAUCUUUUUUCAGGCCUAUUUUAACAUGCUGGACAGUGAAAUAAAGCUAGAAGAAUCUGGGGGGAGUCCCUACCGAGGACUUUUAACAGAGGAGUAUGCUCUGAAUAGGCCCCAAUUUGUGCGAUAUUUAAACCAAGUGCAUAAGCUGGUGAGUCUGCCAAGGUACUACCUGCAAAGAGUGACAGAUCGUGCUGAACAGGGUGACAAAUUAACCGGAACAGAAACCGAUGAAGAAGGAAGAGGCAUUUUCAAAGAGCACAUGUCGUAUCUCCCACUCUCUCUCUUAAACGAACUGAUCAGCAAAAGGAAAAUAAAUAAAAAUGAUUUGCACAUUCAGGUGCACAAGGAAGAGGGCUCCGAUUUGUUCAAAUGCACUAUGACACAGUGCUACGUGGACGGAAGGACUUCCACUUAUUGUGGUUCCUCCAGGAGGAAGAAGAUUGCCAUGCACCUCGCUUCGCAUGAUUAUUUGGAGAGAGAAUUCCCCGCAUGCAUGCGCUUUGUUGAUUCGGGGCUCCUCAGGAAGAUCGUCCAAGGGGGGGAGCAAAGAGGAGUCACCCAGGAUGGCAAUUCGAAAGAAGAAAGAGAGUCAUCACCUGAAGGGAAAAAUGGAACAAUCCAAGGGGAAACCCAUCGUCUGGAUGUUCUGUCUGAAAAAGAACAACUGAACAACCACCCCAUGGAGGAAGAAGACAGCAAAACAGAACUUCGCUUAAAAUCCUUUUACGUACAAAAUUGUGGAGGGGAAAAAAAUUUCCAAGAAGAAAUGAAAAGCUGCGAGAACUACCUCCAGGGGGUUCACUGGCUAGUCCAAAUGUAUACACAAACGUGUUGCUUGAAUUUUAACUUUUUCUACAAGUAUGCAACGAGUCCCUCGUUACUCAGCUUGUACUACUUCCUAUCCGGUGGAGGCACCGACGUGGAAAAUUCCAUUCACGCGAAUGGAGAGACGAACAUCCUGCAGAACAUCAACCUGAACGUGUUCAGAAACAACCAGGAGUAUCACAGCUUUAUAAAUUUCUGCGUGGGGAGAUACGCACGGGGGGUUGCAAAAGAGGAACAGGAAGGAAAGGAAGAAGAACCCACCCGUCAAGCGCCCCAGAAAGCUUACUUUGAAAAUAUAUACGACAUCCUUUUCUGCAGAAACGCAAAUGUCGUGAUGAGUCGAAUCCAAAAAUUGAACCAACAGUUAAAAGGAAACCUCCACAGACGGAAAGAAAUUGUAAAGUACUACUGGGAUGUGUAUGCAAGUAGGUUGAAGAAAUUUUGUAAAGUGAUUUUCUACCAAGGGAAGAAAAUAUAUGUUGCCAAAUUUGCUCUCUUCCGGAUUGCUCUCCAGAAUGAGGACUUACCCAAUGGGACAAGUGCAGAUGUGGGUGAAGCACCUUCACCUCGGUUCAACAUUCUCAGUCGUGUGGGCAGGACGCGUAUCAACAGCUGCAACGUUAAAACGGAAGAUCGUUCCUUUCUAUAUGAUGGCGUUAACCAUGGCAGGAGAACACAGAAAAGGGGUUUCUGCACGAGGGCUAUGAGCGCCUACCCAGCUGAGGUAGACUCGUCUGUUAGAGGGACCCCCAGGAAGGUGACACGAGUUAUUCAUGUCAAACGAGCCAGGCGGACGAAUGUUGUUUUUCGCUAG